AUGGCCUUGGAGGCUUCUCCGCUGAGUACUCAUCAACAGCGUAAUCUCUCUGCGGUGACUAUCAAUGCUGGAGGAGCAACAGCUCUUGGUAGCGUCUCCUCCAGCGCCUCAACCGCGUCCCCGCUCAGCAACCACAAUGGCAGCGGCAACGGCAACGGCAACGUCAACGGUAACGGCAACAACAGCAGCAGCGCCAACGGCAACAAUAACAUCAACAUCGGUGGCAGCAGCGCCGGAGUCAACAACAACCCCCUCACCAGCGGCAAUCUCUCGCACACCCUCCCCAGCAGUCACACCAUAGGCCCCAUAGGCAACCACAGUGGCAGCUACUUAACACCACCACCCAGUGUCAGCAUCAGCACCACCGCUUCUUCAACCAGCAACGGCGGUGCACCCACAUCCAGUUCCUAUUACGAAAGUUUGCGUAAUAAUGUAAUUACUUUGCUCGAGCAUGUGCGUCUGCCACCACCCGGCAGCAAUAGCGGCGCAAGCAUGAGCUCGAGUCCGCUAGACGCAGGCAAUGGCGGCAAUAAUGUAAGUAGCACCAGCAUAGGCGGUCAUCCCUCCGAUACCAUUGGCAAUAGUUUGUCUGCAAAUAUUGCUGGCUUACCCGCCACCGCAGAAGUUUUGAGUAAUCAACAAUUGACCAGCGCUUAUGGUGCGCCACAUCCACCACAUCCCACGCUGAUACCACCCAGUCCGCUACCCACCGCAUCCAUUGCGCCAACGAAUGUGGUUAGUGGUGCUGUAUCGAUGUAUGCAGCGCCACCACAUCACUUGACUGGCACACAUCAUGGCAUGCUAGGACCACCACCACCGCCACCACCACCACCACCUCAUGGUGGUUCAAUGCCGCCACAUCAUCCCUAUACGGUGCAUCAUCCAGCUGGAUAUGCGCACCAUGAACCCUUCGACUCAUACAUAUCGAAAUUACAAUCUCUCUGUGUGCCACCCGAUGUUUACGCGCUACCCGACGAUGGCACACGGCCGCUCUACGAUGCGGUCAAACCUAGUCUGCAUCAAGAUUAUACAUUAAUGCCGACACCGAUAUAAGCCUGGGUGAGAAGAGGGAGUGAAUGGGGGGAGAGAGAUUACUGGGUUUAACGCCAACUAAGAGAGAACUAUUGAAAACGAUAGUACUAACUACGCUGUAAAUAUAAAUAAAUAGUAUUUAAGCAGAUAUUUAUAGAGAAGACUCAAAUUCGGACCAUGUCGCAGAACAAAUUUAUGUGAUACUCUCAUUAAAUCCAUGUUGAGAGUGAACAGCAGUUGAAGAAGGAAUAAUUUUGACCGCACACACAAUUAGACACAAUUGUUUUCCCGUAACCCGUUUUAAAGAACUUUAAGAAACAAUUAAGCCACUCUCUCAUUUUUCGAUGACCUUGGUAGCUUCGUCCGAGGCUUCUUCAAUGAGCUCCGUACUCAAUGCUUUAUUUAUGUGACGCAAAUGAUGCAGAAGCACCCCACUACUGAGAAAUGCUACACAGCGUCUAAGUUCCCAAGGAUGGAGCUAGCAACAGGCAUACAUAACUCCGGCGCCGCUCCCGGCUGCUGAGCUCGCGCAGUUGUAAGUGAAAAUAUUAAAAAGACGUAGGGUGACAUGAAUGAAUGAAUCGGCCUUCAAUAUCACGGGGUUUUCUGAAGUCCCCGCAUAUGACAAUAAGAAACAAUCUAUCGGAUGCCGUUUAAGUAAACAUAAGCCAGGUUAUCGCUCAAAGUCAGCGCAAUCUAAAUGCGUGAGAGAGUCAUUGAAAAUUUAACCACUCGAAUACGUGCCGCCGUGAGAAACCAUGGCAUAUAUUUAAACGAUGUAGUAUAUUCCGCCCGCAAUGGUAUGCUAUACUUGGCUCUUUCGUUUCGCUAGUUGUUCUUUCCGACAGGGUUGGUGUAUAAUGUGUUUUGGAACGAUCUAAAAUAGCACUGAAGAUGGCAAAACGCCGAAAUCUCUUUGGAAAGCCCCAUACUUUCACACGGAGACAAAAAUUGUAAUUGUGAGUGCCCUGUUCAAGUGAAUUUCAGGAGGAGACUUGGCCUCAUACAUACAAAAAUGGUUUCGUUAGCACCCCACACACAGCUUGAUUUAAAGAGAACUUUUUCGAGAGGGUUAUAACUAAAUUCGACAUAAAUCGUGCAUAAGGCCCAAAUAUUCCCUGAUAGGAAUCCGUGAAAGUCGCGAUUAUUGACCACUUAUCCAUCGAAAGUAGUCAAGUUUCGACAAUAAAUAGAUCAAAUACAAAAAUAUAUGACUGAAAAAAUAUCGGAAAUUUUUCGUGAGCAGCCACUAGCCAUAUCUGCAUUUAUAUCUGUCACGACCAAGACUUAUUCCGCAGGGGAAGCUUUUCGUAGCUUUCUGUAGUUUUUAUAUGAGCGUGCACCUGGUAAAAGCUCUCUCUGGUCAUGUUUGAGGUAUAAUCAUAUAUAUGUACAUUUGUAAAGUUCGAAGCGCAAAUUAACAACAAACAAUAAUUUUUUGUAAAUCAUAAAGAGCUUUUGAACGGUGGACGCCCACACAAAAUGUAUAGAAAGCUUAAAAAAGCUUUGCACACGGACAAGGAGAUGUCUUUCACAGAUUAAGAUGCAUAAUUUCUGCUUCAAGCUUCAUCGAAAGUUUAUUUAUAAAUGGUGUAAGCUAGUUUAAUGCAAAGCAAAUUUCAGUGAAAGCUUUCCGUUUCAGAGUCAGUAAGAAUAGCGAUAGCAAGCUCUCAGGCCGUGCGUGUCUAUCAAACAAAUUAUAGAAAGCUUAAAAAAGCGCUGCACGCGAGUAUGGCGAUGCCCAUCACCGGAGCUUAGCAUAAGCUAAUAGUCUAAUAUUAAUGUAUAUAUGUACAUUUACGUAUAUAGUAUGUAUAGUAGAGUGGUCCUUAAAAUGUACACAUGAGUAUAUAGUUAUAUGUUUAGUAGGGUGGUCCCAAAAUAUCACCAUCAUGUAGCAUCUCUUUAUUUUGUUCCACGUACAAAAUAAAGGCAUACACGAAAAUUU